UUCUACAUUUUCAUAGUCAAACCAAAACAUGAACUUCAAAAAAUCCUCAACUUUCCUCUCUUGCAUCAUGUUCAUACUUCUUCCUUCACUAAUCACAUCACAAACUUGUCAAAAAUCAUGUGGCAAUGUACCAAUCAAAUACCCUUUUGGCACUGGUCCUGGCUGUGGUGAUCCGCGAUUUCAACCUUAUGUUAUGUGCAACAACCAACAACUCUCUUUCAAGACACACACCGGGUGUUAUCCAGUUACAUCCAUAGACUACAAUUACCAAAUCAUGUACAUUAGUGACCCUUCUAUGUCAACAUGUGCUUGUACACAACCAAGUAAAGGCUUUAGUCUAGACGCUAACGCGCCUUUUACCUUUCAUGAUGAAACAGUUUUUGCAUUGCUAGAUUGUGCAACUGAUUCUUCACCAAUCUACAAGUCAAAUAAUGAAGGGACUAAUUCAACUUUCCCUAUGUGUGACUCUCAGGGUGCACCUGUUUGUAGUCUAUUGUAUUCUUGUCAAGCCAUUAGUAGACUUAAUUUACCAAUUUCAACUUGUUGUGUUUACACACCUGUUGAUCUUGGUCCUGCGUUUGAGAUGGAUUUAACGAAGCUACAAUGUUCAUCAUACUCUGCUUUAUAUGGUUUUAGUGGCGAAGAAUUGAAUCCUCAGGCCUGGAAAUAUGGGAUCGCCUUGAAAUACAAGUUCAAUUUCAAUAAUGAUUACCCUGAUAUGUGUGCUAAUUGUGAGAAAAGCAAUGGUGUUUGUGGAUAUGGAGGACCUUAUAGUUCAUUUGUAUGUAAUUGUCCUAGUGGAUUCAACACGACGAACGAUUGUUUCCUUGGAUCAGCUUGGAGUAACAGUUUCAAAAAUGUUCCAUGGCACAUUGGAGUUGUGUUGAUUAACGCGUUGGGAUUGUUCAUCGUCUUCGUGUUAAUGUAGGAUGUUACAAUCUUGUUGCUUAAUGUUUAAUUGAUUCAUGGAGAAUCCUUGAUCUUCUUGGUUUGUGGUAAAAUGUGAAAUAAUGGUUAAGAAAACAGGGAGGUUAAUGCAAGAGGGUGGAUUUUCUUUUUUUGAUCAUUUUGUAAAUGUUUUUAUUACAUUAUGCUAAAAUGAUCAAUUCAAUUUCUUUAGCUUUGUUUGAAUAA